ACAGCUGCACAGGAGCAGGCAAACCCCGUCCAUCUUUUCCCCCCGGAUAGAGGCCGUCCGAUCAGUCGAGCAAGCCACCAGCGAAGAUGGCGACGCCGACGCCGCUGGCCGUGGAGGAUGUACUGCGGGUGAACGGCAGCCGCCGCUUCGCCGCCGCGCUGGCCGCCGCGUCCCCUUUCGCCUCCCUCGCCGACGCAGUCCUCGCCGCCCGCCGCAUCUGGCUCGACAAGGUGGACGUGACUGGAUGGCUGGAGGCCUUCGCCGCGCACCCGCCCAUCGGCUCCACCUCUCCCUCCGUCUCCAAGUGGAGCCAGGAGGAGCAAUCUGCAGCACUUUCCACUGCCACUGAUUCGGCCGCGCAGGAGUUGGCUGAGUGGAAUGCCCGAUACAGGGAGAAGUUUGGGUUCGUUUUCAUGAUAUGUGCGUCUGGUAGGACUGCCCCUGAGGUCUUGUCUGAGCUUAAGAGGCGUUAUACAAAUAGGCCAAUUGUUGAACUUGAGGUUGCAGCACAGGAAGAAUUGAAGAUAACUGAACUGCGUCUUGCAAAACUUUUCUCAUCGGAGACUCCUGCUCCCUUUACUUCAGCUGAAGGUCAUACUAGCCAAUCAGAUAAAGCAGCAGAUCGAAUGCGGAUUAUUGGAGCACACCUUGGAGCUCUCUCCCAGCCUUCUACCAAUAAAGCUCCUGAAAUUACAGGUAGCUCCAACCGGACCCGCCCUCCUAUCACAACCCAUGUGCUGGACACCGCUCGUGGAUCACCAGCAUCUGGAAUUGAAGUUAGCUUGGAGGUGUGGAAGGACGCAUCAAGUCGCCCGUCAUUUGAUAACAAAGACUUCAAUGGAUGGACAACACUAGGCUCUUCGGUUACAAACAAUGAUGGACGCAGUGGUCAACUGAUGGACAUCGUUGACAAUGUCACUCCUGGUUUCUACCGGAUAAGUUUCAAUACAUCCAAGUAUGCACCAUCAGGGUUUUUCCCUUAUGUGAGCAUCGUAUUUGAGAUAAAAAAGAGCCAGACAACCGAGCAUUUCCACGUUCCUCUGUUGCAUUCUCCUUUCUCCUUUACCACUUACCGUGGCAGCUAAGUUGUUCAUCUGUGUGUAAAUUGCAUCCGGUCAGUGUGUGUUUAUAAAAUAAGUUUUAAAUGAUUGUAAAAGGGUGGAGUCUGCUUACAUGGCGCUGACAUUAUGAUACUUGAAUAAUAUUGUUCUCUGUAAUGAAAAUCUUGCUUUGGCAAAGGAACAGUUUGUUUUAAUAGUUUUA